AUGACCAAGGAAAUAAGUAUAGGUUAUUCUAAAGCUUGGCUUGCAAGGGCUAGGGCUAAGUUCAUGAUCUAUGGUUCAUCUGUUGAGCAAUAUGCCAGAGUUUGGGACUAUGCCAAGGCAAUAAUUAAGUAUAAUCGAGGAAGUGGUUGUUGUGUUGUGGUGGAUGGGAUAAAGCAACCAGAACCACCUCUUUUCAUGAGACUUUAUGUUUGCCUGGCUCCCCUAAAAAAUGGAUUUUUGAAAGGUGGUUCCGAUCCAAAGGCAGAAAAGAGAUUUUGUGUCAGGCACAUAUGGACAAACUUUAAGCUACAAUUUAGUGGUGCCACAUUCAAAGAGUUGUUCUGGAAUGCAGCAAGGGCCACAAUUAUGUUUGACUUUGAAGUGUCUAUGGAGUCAUGCAAAUUCCUUUCUAAAGAUGCAUAUGAAUACUUGGCUAAUAUCCCUAAACAAUACUGGUCAAGACAUGCCUUCUCUCCCAAUUGCAAAUCAAAUAUGCUCCCCUUGAAUAAUGUUUAUGAAACAUUUAAUGCAAUAAUCAAGGAUGCAAGGGACAAGCCCAUCCUUACUCAAAUGGAGUGGAUGAGAAGGUAUAUGAUGAAGAGAAACUCUAAGAAGUGGGAAGCGGUUUUGAAAAUGGAGGGAAAGCUUAUGCCUUAUGUGACCAAAGUGUUUGAGGGCUUAGAGAAGGCUGCAAGAUAUUGCAUUGUGCAAGUUUCUAGGGGAGAGUUAUACGAGGUGGAGCUAAAUGCUGAUCAAGUUUUAGUGGACUUAGAGCAAAGGACCUGCAGAUGUUAUCACUGGCAGUUGACUGGCAUUCCAUGUGUGCAUGCUUAUGCAUGCAUGUUGGACAAGAGAGUUGACCCAGAAGAUUAUGUGGAUUUUGCUUACAGCAGGGACACAUAUAUGCUAGCUUAUGAAGAUGCAAUUGAGCUUAUGCCUAGUCCCAAGCACUAG